AUGGAAAAACAGUGUCAUUUGUUGAAGAGCGCUGGAGAUUCCGAUGGUGAAGAAACCAAGCAAGAAGGAAGUGCUCCUAAGAAAAUGAAAGUGUUAAAUUAUGAACAUUUGUAUUUAGAAAAUUUACCGAGUGGGGAGUCCUACGAGAAGAGUUUCAUGCAUCGAGAUAUUGUUACACAUCUUGUUGUUACCAAAACAGAUUUUUUAAUCACUGGUAGUAUUGAUGGCCAUAUAAAAUUUUGGAAGAAAAUGGAUGAACUCAUAGAAUUUGUUAAACAUUUUAGAAGUCACCUUGGACCUAUACAAGAAUUGACAACAAAUUAUAACGGAACGUUUUUAUGUUCUGUUUCUUCAGACAAAUCUCUGAAAGUUUUUGAUGUUGUUAAUUUUGACAUGAUAAAUAUGAUGAGACUUGAUUAUGUCCCUCUUUGCGCUGAAUGGGUGCAUUGUCCUGGAGAUCCAAUACCUGCACUAGCAAUUUCUGAUGCAGCAUCCGGCAAAAUCUUUGUGUAUGAUGGCCGAGGUACAAACACUCCUCUUCAUGAAUUUAAUACUCUCCAUAGACAACCUGUAGUACUAAUGAAAUACAAUACCACAUUUGAGGUAGCGGUCUCUGUAGAUAAGGCAGGAAUUCUAGAAUAUUGGACUGGUCCGAAAACAAAUUACAGAUUUCCUAAAUGUGUUGCAUUUGAUUCUAAACUCGAUACUGAUCUGUUUGAAUUUGCAAAAAAUGGAACUGUUCCAACAGGAAUGGCCUUCUCACCUGAUGGCAAAAAAUUUGCAACAUUAUCUACUGACCGCAAAGUUAGAGUAUUCCAAUUUCGAACAGGAAAGUUGAUUCGUGUGUACAGUGAAACUUUACAAAAUUAUACAGAAAUGCAGCAAGAACAUCAACAACUUCCAAACAUGGAAUUUGGACGGCGAAUGGCAGUAGAACGUGAUCUUGAAAAGUCUGAAGCAAUUAAUUUGGCUAAUAUAGUGUUUGAUGAAAGUGGGUACUUAAUUCUUUAUGCUACAAUGCUCGGUGUUAAAGUAGUGAAUAUACAUACUAAUAAAUGUGUGCGAGUUAUAGGAAAACCUGAAAACUUGCGUCUUUUGAAACUGGCCUUAUUUCAGGGACGAGCUCACAGGACUAAAGCGGCUGUCACAGUGGAAAUGGAGGCAUCAGAUAAUCCAACUCUAGAUUCAUAUCAGUCUGAUCCUACACUGUUUUGCACAGCUUUUAAAAAGAAUCGUUUCUUUAUUUUUAGCAGGAGAGAGCCAGAAGACACAAAAAAUCAAGAUGCUGAAAGAGAUGUUUUCAAUGAAAAACCUUCAAAAGAAGAUAUUAUUUCUGCAACAGAAGCUUCUGGUGUACAACGUUUGUAUGAAUGUGCCAUUAUACAUACAUCCUUGGGAGACAUCCAUGUGAAGCUUUUCCUUAAAGAAUGCCCUCGAACUGUUGAGAAUUUUUGUGUACACAGCAAAAAUGGUUAUUACAAUGGUCACAUAUUCCAUCGUGUCAUAAAAAGCUUUAUGAUACAAACUGGUGAUCCCACUGGAACGGGAACUGGUGGCGAGAGUAUAUGGGGAGGCGAAUUUGAAGAUGAAUUUCACCCUAAUCUGCGACAUGAUAGACCAUACACAGUGAGCAUGGCUAAUGCAGGUGCAAACACAAACGGGAGCCAAUUUUUUGUUACAGUCAUUCCAACUCCAUGGCUAGACAAUAAGCAUACUGUUUUUGGACGUGUCAUCAAAGGAAUGGAAGUUGUACAGAAUAUCAGCACUGCUAAAACUCACCCCAAAACUGACAAACCUUAUGAUGAUAUACAAAUUAUUAGUGUCACCCUUAAAUAA